CUAUCAUAUUGCUUAACCUCCAAUCUCUUCAGGAUGCCUCUCCAAGGAAAGUGCCUCUGUGAAAAGAUCGCUGUCACUGUCGCCGACGAGAGCCUGCCACUGCAGUUUGCCAGCUGCUACUGCAAGAACUGCUCCACAACGGCUGGCUCGCCAUUCAGCAUGGUCGCCUACGUGGACAAGGCUCACCUCAAGAUCGAGGGCCAGCCAAAGAUCUACUCGGAUAGCAAGACAGACAGCGGCGGAUCCGUGUAUCGCCAUUUUUGCGGCGACUGCGGGACACCCGUCCAGACGCUCGCGCCCGCUAUACCCGACAAGGCCGUCGUCAAGGUGGGCCUCUUUAGCGACUCGCUCGGCGACAUCAACAAGCCGGCCGUCGAGCUCUUCACCGUCAACCGGCAGCGAUUUCCCUGGCUGGAGUCCAUCGAAGGGGUGCCGCAGUGCGAGCGCAACCCCCCUAGCUGA